CAAGCAUCUCUCCGCACUCCGCUCCAACAUCAUUCUACCUAAUGCAGCCACAAGGCAUCCGGAACCAGAAGAAAAUACAAAUAAGUGACUCCUAAGACAGACAGGAAGGAAGAUGGAAAACAUAUCUGUGGAUUAUUUAUCAAAUUCAUCAAGGAGGUCAGAGUGGCUGAAUGGAUCAAUAUCACAGGCCAUUCCUAACUUCUAUCUGGCAUUACCCAUCAUCUAUUCUAUUAUCUGUGCCAUCGGAUUGACUGGAAACACCGCUGUCAUAUAUGUCAUCCUCAAGGCUCCGAAAAUGAAAUCCGUCACCAACAUAUUUAUCCUAAACUUGGCUAUAGCAGAUGAACUCUUCACACUGGUCCUCCCCAUUAAUAUAGUUGACUACUUACUGCUGCAGUGGCCCUUUGGAGAGUUUAUGUGUAAACUGAUUAUCUCCAUUGAUGAAUAUAAUACCUUUUCCAGCAUUUAUUUUCUAACCGUUAUGAGCAUUGACAGAUACCUUGUGGUAGCUGCAACAGUAGAAUCCAAGAAACUUUCCUUUCGGACCUAUCGAGCUGCCAAAGUUGUCAGCCUUUGUGUAUGGACUUUUGUCACCAUAAUAAUUCUUCCAUUUGUUAUCUUUGCCAAGAUUCACCAAGAACAUGGGCGUCUGCAAUGUCUUUUUGUUUUUCCUAAUCCAGAAGGUCUGUGGUGGCAGAUGAGUAGGAUCUACACCCUUAUUAUGGGGUUUGCCAUACCUGUGUCUACUAUAUGCAUCUUAUAUACCAUGAUGCUUUACAAAUUGAGAAGAAUGCGUCUGAACACCAACGCAAAAGCUUUAGAUAAAGCUAAGAAAAAAGUGACGUUCAUGGUUGCCAUCAUUUUAGCAGUAUGCUUGUUUUGCUGGACUCCUUAUCAUCUCAGCACUGUGGUGGCUUUAACCACAGACAUCCCACAGACUCCACUAGUUAUUGGGAUCUCUCUUUUUAUUACCAGUUUGAGUUAUGCCAAUAGCUGCCUCAAUCCAUUCCUGUAUGCAUUUUUAGAUGACAAUUUCAGAAAAAGCUUCCGGAAACUAGUAGAAUGUAGGUCAUCCUGAAGGAUGUCUAUGGAUGACCUG